AGCAAUUUGCCGGGGGAUGCAAAGAUUAAGCAACCAUCAUCUCCUGUAAAACAUCAAAAAGACCAAGUUGGAUCGACAUUUGACUAUCUUCAUUUAUACGGCCAAGAUUUAGCCAACAGAAAUCUCUUAGCAAGAGCUAAGCUUCGACUGUAUUACGUUGGUCUCCAACUUCACAUACAAUUAUACACACUUAAUUGCGUUAGAAGGCACAUUAAGAGCAAGAUGCCAAAUCUGCGCCAA